CAGUCACUCUCUCUCUCCCCUCCCCCUCAGUCUCCGCCCACAGUUUGCGGCCUAGUUCCACUCUGAGGCCUGAGCUCGAGUACUUCCAUUUCCAUGGUAACGCAAGCCCCGCCCUCUCCUGCAGCCGGAUGAUGACGCAGUAGGUCGCGUGUUGGUGACGCUGGCGGCGCGCGGGGACCGGAGGGGAAGAUGGCGGAAUAUCUGGCAUCCAUCUUCGGCACCGAAAAAGACAAGGUUAACUGCUCAUUUUACUUUAAGAUCGGGGCGUGUCGCCAUGGGGAUAGAUGCUCACGUCUACACAACAAGCCCACCUUCAGCCAGACAAUAGCUCUGUUGAAUAUCUACCGCAAUCCACAGAACUCGUCACAGUCAGCAGAUGGACUUCGCUGUGCUGUGAGCGAUGUGGAAAUGCAGGAACAUUAUGACGAGUUCUUUGAAGAAGUGUUCACAGAGAUGGAAGAGAAGUACGGUGAAGUGGAAGAGAUGAAUGUUUGUGAUAAUCUCGGGGAUCACCUGGUGGGGAAUGUCUAUGUGAAGUUCCGCCGGGAAGAGGAUGCAGAAAAGGCUGUGAAGGAUCUGAAUAAUCGUUGGUUUAACGGUCAGCCCAUCCACGCAGAGCUGUCUCCGGUCACUGAUUUUAGGGAAGCAUGCUGUCGCCAGUAUGAGAUGGGGGAGUGCACACGUGGGGGAUUCUGUAAUUUCAUGCAUCUGAAGCCAAUUUCUCGAGAACUACGCAGAGAACUGUAUGGACGUCGUCGGAAGAAGCAUCGAUCUCGCUCAAGAUCCCGCGAACGCCGCUCUCGUUCCAGAGAUCGUGGGCGGGGGGGUGGAGGUGGUGGUGGAGGAGGAGGAGGAGGAGGAGGAGGGGGCGGCCGGGACAGGGACCGUCGGAGGUCAAGAGACCGAGAGAGGUCGGGUCGUUUCUGAGCCAGCGUUUUUAUUCCAUGUUCUGGGACUUCCCAGGAGGACUGGGGGAGGGGGGAUGGGCUCUGUGCUCAGCAGCCUGGGGGAAUAUUUUUCAUUGUAUUUUAUUUUUGUUUUGUUUUUUUAAACUGGGCUUCUGAUUAAACAUUUGUAGUGAUCGAGUAACAAUA